AAACAAAAUUAUGAGGGAGAAAAAGUGCAGACAAAAUGGACCCCAACGUACACUUGAGAGUCUGAGACCAUAUGUUCACAUGGCUUUUAACAUGAGAACAAUAAUUGGCUUUAAUAUUCUUUUUCCUUUUCACUUUUUUCUCUGAUCUUUUGUUCAUUAGUUUCUGCUUUUCUCCUUCAGCUAGGAAACAUAUAUACUACGAAUUAUGAAUCCAUGCACUAUGUUCUAGUCUCUUCAAAUUCUGUCCUUACUGCUGGUAAAGGAGACAACCUCUUGAUGAAAGACUGAAGGGAAACUAAUAUUCUAGUAAGAUUUAGAGCCAAUUCACGAUGUCCGAUCGUGUUACACAAUCGUAUUCGGAUUGUGAUGGAAGAGCUGGGAAGUCUAUGCAUUCAGUUCAAUCUGUUUGGAUGGCGCAUUGGACCAGAACAAGCUACAAUGCUACGGCAGAAACACACAAUCACGCGCCUAGUGCUAGCACAAACAAGGAAAAUGAUCGAUAUUCUAAGCCUUCCCAGUCAAUUGUUAAACUGGAGACAGUGUCUAGGCUUUCUAAGUCCAUCAAAAGAUUAAGAGAAUCUGAAACUCAAGCAUUUGAAGUCGUUAACGAGACCCUCAGAACAAGUUCAAGAACCAUUGCAAAUGAAACUGUAUGCUGUCGCAGCAUUGUUGCAUCGAAGCCUUUGCCUGAUAAUCCUAUCCAGUAUAUAACUAGAGAAGGAGAAAAGACACGGAAUCCAUUCAUAAGAUCAUUUCUAGCUGCAAAAGAUGAAGUGCCAAGAUUGGGAAUGUUAGAGCCUGAACAUUAUAAUUAUCACAAUAAUUCAGCAUCUUUGGUCUGUGAAGAGAAACUGAAUGAUCAACAAAAGUUACCACAUCCUUUGCAUGAUAUAGAGACAAUGAGAAUAAGCAAUACUAUGGAGCCUGUAACGGGACUAGCUGGAUAUUAUCCCCGCAUUUCUCAGACAACUCAUAGUUUGUUAAUCACAAAAAGAACAGAUGCUAAUCUGUUGGAAGGAAACAAAGUCGUUCGGAAUUCUAGGAUAUGGAGUGAAUUCAAUGGGAAGAAUGUAACGUUAAGUGAUAAUGAUAGCCCAUCUAAAUCUUUUGGUCAUUAUAAGGGAGGAAUGAAGCUUCAACUUUUAGACUGCUCCAAAGGCAGUGAAGGAAGAGAAAAUAUUGAAGACAGUAAACGUUCUAAAGUUGUGCUAAAGAAUGAAUCUUCAGCUGAAACUGAUACUAUGGACAUGGAUGUGUUUCAGCUGAAGAACCAGCUUUGUGGUCCGAGUUCUUCCAUAGUAAAGAAGGUGAAUAAAAUGGACCAAAUUUCACCUCCUCGGUCUGCAACUGAUUGCUCCAGGAAAGAAGCUGGACGCAAACGGUUCUACUUGGAUAUAAACUUGGAGCUGCCUGCUCCAACUGAUAAUGCGGAGCUAAGUUCUUCCAGAACUGAAAGUUUGGACUUGGAUUUAAUACUCGCCCAUGCUGAACGGCCCACUUCAUCAAGUACUGAUUUCUGUCCUGAAGGGCUUUUUGGACAGGACCCUAGUAGUAGAUGGGUUAAACGCCUGAAAGUGGGCGCUGGUUCUUUGGCUUUUGGUACUAAAAGCUCCAGCUUAAUAGGGGAGUCAUCGCAUGAGAAAGCACACAAGUUCCUUAGCAAAAUGACUAAAGCAACCAUGACUAGCUCCCAACCAACAUCUAGUAAACUUCACGGUAAAGAAUUGAUGGCUCACGAAAACUCUAGUCCCUCUUCUAUGAACAGUAUCAAGAAAGAUCUGGAGUUUUUGACUUCACACUCUUGGAUUCAAAGGUUGCUUCGUGAUAGGGCUACCGCUGCACAAAAGAGUCGGGCCCAACCAGUGGUGGUUUGUGAGCCUCAAAGCUCAAAGUUGGAGAUUGAUGAUUUCCAGAAGAAGCAGCUUCCGAGUCUUGGCGCCAUGGCUCUCAUGGGAAAGGCAAUGAAUGGUUUUCAGCCAUGUGAAUUUAACAGAAGAGGCCCUUUAGUUGUUUGGAACACCGGGAGUUUCUGAAAACUACCUAGUAGAAACAGAUACCAGAGAGCUCUGGCGUUCAUGUGCUCGAGUGACCAGGUGCAUUUUGGAGCUUCAAGUAAAUAGUUGGUGCUAGUAAGUACUUUGUCGUUUUUAUUUUUAUUUGGCUUCUGUAAUUGCUUAGAAGGUGUUACUUUAUAUUCAAAAUAAUGAUGAAAGCACCAGACAUCUUGUUUCUUGAACAGGAUACUCGCCUGGCUGCUUUCAUCUGCAUGUAUACAAACUAGAUACUGCAGUAAUUACAUGCCAAAGAGGUUUGGAGUUUUCUGUUAUCGUGAU